AAAAGCCAAAAAUGGCUUUUCGUUUCCAUGGUGGAAGAUUUAAUCAUGCUUAAAUGGUGAACAAAAAUGCCUUCUUUUAAUGGUUGUAAGUUAUAUUAGAUUAACGAGAAUAUUUUAACAAAAUUUUAAAUUUGUAUUAUGUUUAGCUAUUUUUUGAUAAUAUAUAGUUAUACAAUUAGAAGUGUAAAAUAUGUUAACCAUUAUAUAUGUAAAGAGCUCACUCGUUUUGGUAAAGCAUUCUGAACCACAAGUGAUUGCUAACGUAAACAUGAGCAUGGGGAGUGUAGUCCACCGUCCGCUAGCUGAUUUUUCAGCAAAUUGGGAAGAUCUCUUAACUCAUUUCUCAAAGUCUGAGCUUGGGAGUACUGAUUCGUUAAAAGAAAAGCAUAUUACUCUGAAGGAGGCUGUCAAGGAAUCGUUUAUGGUCUCAAAAGUGAAUCCCAUAGAGAACAUCAAGUUCAUCGACGCUCUAUGUCGCCUUGGUGUCUCCUAUCACUUUGAGAUAGACAUCAUAGAGCAAUUGGGAAAUUUAUUUGAUAGCCCUGAUUUUAAUCCUUUGAUACGACAUGAUGAAUGCGAUUUAUACACUGUUGGGUUGCUUUUCCAAGUUUUCAGGCAAUUUGGGUUCAAGCUUUCUGCUGAUGUGUUUGAGAAGUUCAAGGGCGGGGAUGGGAAGUUUAAAGGAGACUUAGUGGCAGAUGCAACCGGUAUAUUAAGCUUGUAUGAAGCUUCACAAUGGAACACUCAUGGAGAAUAUAUUAUGGACGAAGCUCUCGCUUUUUCAAGCUGUCAUUUAAAAGAAAUCUCUUUUCAAUCUAUCCCCUAUCACCUGGCCGUACGCAUCAACAAUGCUCUAAUUAAGGCAUCCUUACCACAAAGGCACUCAAGGAUAGAAACGAGGAGAUAUAUAUCAUACUACGAGGCAGAAGAGAAGCGUGACGCAGUUUUACUUGAGUUUGCAAAGAUAGAUUUUCUUAUGCUCCAAAGGUUGCACCGCACAGAGCUUGCUUGCGUAACAAGGUGGUACGAAAAAAUGAAAAUCAAAUCUAAAGUAACGUACACAAGACAUCGAAUAGCAGAGGCGUACUUGUGGUCAUUUGGCGCAUAUUUCGAGCCCCAAUAUUCUCAAGCACGAGUUAGAACAGCUAUUGCACUAAUCAUAUUCACAAUUCUUGAUGAUACGUAUGAUGCGUAUGGCACAAUGAAGGAGCUUGAGAUUUUCACAGAUGCAAUGGAAAAGUGGCUUCCCGCUCCGCCUAACACGAUACCUGAGAGCAUGAAGUACGUGUACCGUAUCAUGGUAGAUUUCUAUGACAAACUUGAAGAGGAACUUGAGAACGAAGGAAGGUCAGGCUGUGGCUUCCAUCUUAAGAAAUCAUUGAAGACAACGGCGAAUGGAUAUAUGAAAGAGGCAAAGUGGUUGAAAGAAAAUUACACUGCUACAUUUGACGAGUAUAAAGAGAAUGCGAUAUUGUCUUCCGGUUACUAUCCCUUGUUUGCAAUGACAUUCGCGGGAAUGGGAGAUGUCGCAAAUCUUGAUGCUUUUGAAUGGUUAAGCUCAAACCCUAAAAUUAGGGUAGCUUCCGAGAUAAUCAGUCGAUUCACAGAUGACAUUUCUAGCUACGAGUUUGAACAAAAAAGGGAGCACGUGGCAACGGGUAUUGACUGCUAUAUGAAGCAAUUUGGUGUUUCCAAGGAACGAGCAGUGAAAGGAAUAGAAACCCUUCUUUCCGAUGCGUGGAAGGACAUGAACCAAGAGCUAACGAGGCCUCAUUCAUGCCCGUUCCCUCUUUUGAUGCGAAUCUUUAACCUAUCCCGUGUCAUCGAUGUAUUCUAUCGGUACCAAGACUGUUACACCCACCCUGAGUUCCUGAAACAGCACAUUGUUUCCUUGUUCAUCGAAGAUAUACCCAUUUAAAAACAUCUGUGUGAUUGUUCCUAUAUAUCUAUGGCGUAAUAAAAUGAUGGCCAAAUAAAUUUCUAGACACUUAAAACGUGUCGCUCUCAACAUAUAUGCCAUUUGUAUUUCCGUUGUAUGUGUGGCUGUUGUUAUGCUGGUAGUACAUCCAUUUCCAUUUCUAUUUCUAUUUUUAUUUGUA